AUGAUGGAAGAAAUGGAAUUGAAUAGUGACGAAUUAAAAAAUCCUACAGUAGGUAAAUUAGAUGGCGAUCCUAAGAUAGGUUGGUUAUGUAAUAAAAAUGGUUUACUUUUAAAAACAUAUAGAUGGCUAGCUAAAAAUGCUGUAGGAAUUAUAGUGUUAAUACAUGGAUUCAGAGUUCAUACUCGAUUAAAUUUUAUGAGAAUAAACUUAAAAAUGCCAAAUAACAACGAAGGCGUAAUAGUAGACACUGAUAAUUACUAUAUUUAUAAAGAUAGUUGGAUUGAAAAAUUUAAUCAAAAUGGCUAUUCAGUAUAUGGAUUAGAUUUACAAGGACAUGGAGAAUCACAAGCAUUGAAUAAUGUAAGAGGCAAUUUUACUUCUUUUGAUGAUCUAGUUGAAGAUGUAAUACAAUAUAUGGAUCAAAUUCACGAUGAAAUUUCAAAUGAUAAUCAAAAGGAUGAUAAUAUCUCAAAUGAUUAUAAAAAGCGUGAUAAUAUCCUAAAUGAUAAUCAAAUGAAUGAUGAAUCUUAUGAUAUAGUGACAACUAAAAAAAAAAAACUUCCUAUGUAUGUUAUUGGAUAUUCGAUGGGAGGAAAUAUUGCUUUAAGAGUGUUACAAACAUUAAAUAAAGAAAAAGGAUAUAACAUUAAUACUGGAAAAUCGAAUAAAAAUAAUAAAUGUAAACCAAUAUUAGACAAUUCUAAUAAUAUUAAUGAAAUUGAUAAUGAUAUGAAUAAUUCUAAAUAUAGCGAUCCAAGUACUUUUAGUGCUAGUACCUCUGCUACAACAGAUGCUAUUGCUAGUAGUAAUGAUAAGCAUGUAGGAUACCAUAAUUAUUUAGAUAAAUUCAAUAUUAAAGGUUGUGUAUCUUUAUCUGCUAUGAUUAAAUUAAAUGAAACACGAAAUGUUGGAAAUGCAUUAGUUAAGUAUUUGUAUUUACCUGUAUUGGGCCUCGCAUCUUUUGUCGCGCCUAAUGCAAUACUUCACUCAGAUCCAAAUUAUAAACAGUUCGAAUAUAUUAAUAAUACAUAUAGAUAUGAUAAAUUUAGAAAUUCUGAUGACACACAAUUUAAAUAUGUAUAUGAACUUAUAAAAGCAACAGUCACAGUGAAUUCCAAUAUUAAUUAUAUGCCAAAAAAUAUUCCUAUAUUAUUUGUGCAUUCAAAAGAUGAUAGUGUUUGUUAUUAUAAAGCGGCUGUUUCGUUUCACAAGAAAGCAAAAGUUAAAAAAAAAGAUUUACAUAUUGUUGAAGAUAUGGAUCAUGCUAUAACGGCGGCGCCAGGAAAUGAAGAAAUUUUAAAAAAAAUUAUUGAUUGGAUUUCUGAUGUAAGAAGCAAUGAUGAAAACUAA